AUGAAUGAUCAAGAGAAGCCAAAAAGAAAAGAUCAUCCAAAUUCUGGUGAAAAAGUACACAUUAUAUUCGAUCAAUUUAUUCAAUACCUAUAUUCUCUUGCAAUUGUACAACAGAUUCUUUACAUGUAUAAUGGAGUGAAAUAUAGUAGUAAAAAUGUGGAGAAAACACUUGACAGAGUUGAAGAAGGAUUCAAAGUAGCUUAUAUUCAUUCAUUGGAUCUUUAUAAUCGAUACCGACAGACUAAUAUGAAUGAUCAAGCAAAACAUAUACUGGAAACUGUGCUUACAUUCGGACUAAGCAUUAUUGUGAUAAUGAUACAGCUUAACUUAACAAUUUUAAUUGCUAUAAUUACUAUGCUUUUCAAUGCUAUACUUAAUGGAAAAGAAGCACUGGAACAUGCUUCCAAAACAACAUCGAAUGCACAAGCAACAGCUCGACAAAUGGUAACCGAUUUGUCUGAAAAGGUGCAGCAGAUUUCACGAGCUUCUACGGAAAAAGCUGAGGAACAGGCGAAUCGUAUUUUAGAUGGAGCUAAUAGAGUAGCUCAUUUAACGAUGGGUAUAUCAGACGAAAGUGAUGAUAUUGAGAAAACACCUUGGAGUCGUUUCCAAGAUCUUAGUCAUCGUAUUUUGGAAAAUUCGAAGAGUCGUGUUGAAGGACUUUAUUGGACACAAUUUGAUGCACAAAGCAUUGUGGAAUGUUUACGUAAUUCCAUUUCACUGGCUGACAUGGUACGUAAGAAUAAAUCGUGGGUUGCUGGUAAAGUUGGAGAGUUGUGGACAUCAUUAGAUGAGUUAAAGGUAUCUCUGGAGAUGGAAGGAGAACGUCUGAAGAAAAAUCCCGAGGAAAUGCUGAUGCGCUAUUUGCAACGAACUUCAUCUAUUUUACCUGAACGACUUCGGAUAUUGGAAGAAACAACUGGAAAAGUGUUGAAUGAACAGGCUACGAGUAAACUGGUUGCUCUAAUAUCUUAUAUCGAAAAACUUAAUGAAAAACUGAUGGAAGCUGAUAAUGUACACGAAUUGAAAGAUGAAGUUCUCAAGGAGGCACAUGACCGUUUGGUUGAUUUGCUGCAAUGGUUAACAGAUCAUAUAGACUUCAGUGACAGUACUCAUACAGAAAAUUUGGGAUCGGUCAAUGAUGGGUCAACUAAUUGA